UUUUUUUGCAACUUGUUGUACGCUACUGUAGUCGGUGGCUCCGUAGCUCCGUAGCUCGUCUGUUGCUCGAAUCGAGAAUCAGUACCCCGCGUACAGCUCCAAUGUGAGGAACACAUCUCUCUCGGUCUCGUCGUCUCUCCCAGGACAUCUCUGUGGCAUGGCUACCAACAAAAAUCGCUGAACACAAAUUAAUGGAAGCCAAGAGAAAACUUUCAAUUGAGUUUUGCGCUGUUGCUGUUAUUCGUGUGCUUUUGUGCGUUCCCGUGCCUGUAACUGUGCCUGUGGUGGUGUGUUCCUGCAAUAUGGCCAAGUGUUUUUUUUUUGUUGAAAAAUGUUAACGAAGUUUAAGCCGAGCGCUCUCUAAUCCCCCGACCCAGUCUGCUGUGCGUGUGCGUGUGUGUGUGUGUGUGUGUGUCUUUAACUUAAAGAGAACGAACUCCAAAACAAGCACAGAGCCAAGGACCACUGUUGGAUAGAGAUAGCCAUUGUCCUUGUUAAUUCGAAGCGAUGAGCGGCCUGGGUCCGGCAGCCUGUUGGCUGGCGCACAAACGUAUCGAGUCCUGGUCCCGGAUGGCCAAGGAGCGCGUGGGUGCGGUUCGGCGUGUUACCAUCGAUCGAAACUCCGGGGACGAGAGCAGUGCCAGUGGGAGCAGUACUGCGGGCAGUAGCACCAUACAGACCCUGCCCACUGGCGAGACAGCCCCUGCCGCUGCAGCAGCAGCAGCCGCAGCCCCCAGCUCGGGCCCCUCGACAACACCGCCGCCACAACCGAUGACACCGCCGCCGUCGGCCUCGUCCGUGACAUCCACCACCAGUGGAAUAGGAAGCGUUUCGGCCGGUAGUGGCAGCGAUAGCUGUGAUUUGACCACGGACUCGGAGGAAGUCAACAUAGCCAAGGAAUCGCAACCCAUCCAGCCGCCCACUCAGAUGCAUGGCCUGGCCAUGGGUGUCAACCAUCACAUGGGACCGGGAACGGUGGCCGGAUCGGACAUCUUGCGCGGCCCCGUCGAAGUCUUUCACAGCCCCUUGCACUUGCACCACCAGAGCCGAUCGUUUCCGCCGCGUCUGCAGCGCACACCGUCCAUAUCCAGCCAGAGCAGCGUGGACAGUGCCCCGUCCCGGCAUUCGGGUCAUCGCGGCUCCUCCCCCCAAAUACGGACCUUCGGACCGGACGGACGUAGCUCUCUGCCGAGCGAGCCGGCUUUCCCACACCACCUGGCUCGAUCGCCCAGUCCGAUGCGCACCAUCUCGCUGGACGCCAGGUGCGGCAGUCCCGCUCACGCCGCCGAUCCGGGGGACUUGCGCACGCCCAGUCCCUCGCAGAGCAGCCUCGCCUCUCUGGCCGGAGCCACUGCUGUUGUGGGCGGCUCUAGUCGUGUUGUGGGCGUGGCCGGGGGUCGCUGCCUGUCGCCGCUGCUGAUACCGCCAAGAUCGCAGCCCGGCAUGGAUCCCGCCAUGGGUCCAGCGUCUCCCUUGGGGGCGCUCCAGCCGGACCUAUAUCGAUUGCCGGACGGACCCGUCUACCUAACAGCGCCGGAGUCGAGUCACGCCGUCGGUCGGCUUCACCUGCGUGUGAAAUACGACUACCAUCUGUUUGAUCUGACAGUGCAUCUGAUUGAAGCUCACAAUCUUAGCCCCAUCGAGGAGGGUGGCUUCCGCGACCCCUACGUCCGUCUGAUGCUCCAGCCAGAAGUGGACAGCCGGAAGCGACAGACGCACAUCCAUCGCGGCGAAUCGAAUCCGUACUUCGACCAGCACUUCAAGUUUCCGGUUUCGCGAGAUCAGCUGCAGGGCAAGGAACUGAUCCUCCAGGUGCUCGACUACGAUCGCUAUUCCCAUAACGACAUCAUUGGGGAGGUUCGCCUCUCCGUUGACGGCUUGGACCUGUCCAAGUCGGUUGAGAUCUGGGGAGAUUUGCUGCGGACUAAGAAGCCCAAGGAGGAUCGACCGGAGCUGCUGUGCUCGUUGAACUACUUACCCCAGGCGGAACGUCUGACGAUUGUUAUAAUGAAGGCCCGAAAUCUGGACACUGUACAGGAGCCGUAUGUCAAGAUUUAUCUGAUUCAAAAUGGCAAGCGCAUCAAGAAGAAGAAGACCAGCAUUACCAAGUCGGACGAUCCCACCAAUCCCAUCUGGAACGAGGCGUUCACGUUUAAUCUGCAAUCAAAUUAUCUGCACAGUGCGGCCAUUGAGAUCUAUGUGGUUGGAGCCGGUAGCGAGGCAGCGGAAAUUGGCUGUUGCGGCCUUGGCCCCCAGGAGAGCGGCACCGGCUGCCAGCACUGGCACGACAUGAUUAACAAUGCCCGCAAGCCCACGGCCAUGUGGCACUAUAUCCGCUAGGCGUCCAGGCAUCCGCUGGAAUCAAACAUUAUCCUAUCCGUACAAUAUCACAGUAUGCUGGGGGACACCCAUUAAAUAAUUAUGAUUUUCAAAUAUGUAAUUGCAGCAGCAUCGUGUCUGUAUCUAAAUCUGUAACUGUAUACUGUGUAUCUGUGUGUCUGUAACUGUAAUCGUAUCCGUAUCCGUACCCGUAUCCGUACCCGUAUCCGUACCUGUAUCCGUAUCCGUAUCCGUACCCGUGAAAGAAUAUUCCAUUGAACCUUAAACGAGAACCAGAAUAUAUAAGCGGAGUCCUAGCUGCACAGUUUGAGCCACUAAAUGUUUGAAAUCUCAACUGGAAAAAUCAAAAUCAAAUCUACAUAUUUGUAUAUUUGUCGGCUAUGCUCGUUUAUAGGCUUCAACCAAGCGAAGCGGGAACUUACCCUCCAUUAAGCUCAAAUCAAAAGUUCCUACACCGGAAAGAAAACUGACAGAUUUCCAGUAAAGAAAGGGCAAUUUGUUAAACGUUUCUGUUGUGCAUUUUGUGCAACGGUUAUGAGUGAAAUCCUGACAAAAAGCACAGAAACAAUAAAUGAAAGAAAUGGUAAUCGCACAUACAUAAUACUUACACAUGUCAACCAGACUCGUUGACAUCUCAAUCGACGUCAACAGUUUGAGGACUUGAGGAGCGGAGGGAGCCUUCUUUCUCUUCUUCUGAGAGGCAUUCAAGUGUGCAUUUCUUAAAUAAUUAUGAAUACUAUACACAUUCAUAUACCGCACCGCAUAAGGAGCGGGCCAUACUUUCCGUAUCGUGUAGGUCGUGUAGGUCGCAUAGGUGAGUGGUCGUCAAUCAUGUAGGAAAGAAACCUCCCUCAAAUUGGCUCAGACGACAAAAACCAUCCAAAGGAGUAGAGUGGAGAGUGGAGAGUGGAGUCUCUUUUGUGCCGGCGACAGUUGACAAAUUGCCAUCCUGCUGUUGUCCUUUUGCAAUGCGAUCCUAGGUGUACUUGAAUGGGUGUGUGCUGUGCCAUGUGUGUUUCUCGUCAACGACAGCGACAGCGACAGCUUCUCCGCAGCUCCGCAAGAGAGAGGGCAUAAAACUUAUGCUAAUUGUUAACUUAAAUAUUCCUUCCAUCUCAGUACGAGUUUAUCUAGGGGGUGCCCCGAAAAGGGGUAAUCCACAGGCAUUUCUCAACCACUCCGACUUGCUUUAUAUGCAUCUACUUACAACGAGGCAUUCAACCACUCCACUCGGCGUGCCAUCUUAUUUCUUAUUUCUUAUUUCUAAGAGCGAUAGGAGGAAGAAGGGACUGCUGAUGUUUUUUUUUUUAAUAAUGAUACAUAUGCGUGUGUUUUUGGUGUUGUUGGGAAAUAUGUAUGUCCUUAAGAUACUAAUGCAUGUGUAAAACAUGCUAUAUACAUACUACAUAAAUAUACAAAUAAUCCGACUACUAAUUAUAACAUAAUGUAUCUAAUUUAACAAUUUUCAACAAAGACUUGAAAAAGGACACAGCACGUGUUAACUAUACAAGAAAAGACAUACUCUAAGAAGCCAGUAUAUAAAUUUAUACACACACGAAAUCCUGCUUUAAAAUCCUUUUCAAAAAUGAAUAAACCCAAAUCAAAAUCAAAAUCAAAAGAAAUGCUGAAGUACCUCCGACUUAAACGAAACUCUCCGAACAACAUGAACUUACACAUGAAAUCAAAAGAAGACAACAAAUUGAAAUAUACGAAACUGCAUACACCUCCAAUAUUUCCUAUAUACGAGUAUGUACACACGUGUAUUUAGUACACAGGCUUCAAUAUGUUGGGUGUGUAUGGGCUUAUUGUAACCGAAGAAACUACUGGGUUACUGGGGAGUAACACCAAACAACGUAUAAAUAUAAAUACACAUGAAAACUACACAACAACCUAAGUACGAGUAUAUUCUAUAUAUAUAAAUUAUGAAAAUGUACAUGUUAUAUUAUAUAAAUGUGAAUUUAAAUUAUUCGGUAAAUAAAUAACUACAGAGAA